CAUUAUUUAGAACAUUCACUUAUUAGUGUACUUAAAAGUAUUUGUCUUGCACUUCUGCGAUACAAGAAGUCAAGACGUCAGUGACAAUCUGAUUUUAAUACAGAAAUAAUAAUGAAGCCUACAGCUGGCUGAAAUAUCAGGGCUUUGUGCUUAUAGCACUAAAAAGUGCUACAGUGCAUUAUUGGGAAAACCUUUGUAACCUUGCUCCAAACGUUCACCCGCACCCGCAUUAUUCCCCAGUUGAAAGAAGGAACAUCGUCUUCCGAAGGGUGUCGGCCUGCUGAGUUCCUCCAGCAUUUUGAGUGUUUUGCUCGGAUUUCCAGCAUUUACAAACUUUCCCGUUUGACUGGAUAUAGCGAAAACUGGCAACGCAUGCGCGUAAAAUCCUCCUCGCGAGGACAACCGAGUGCGCGCGCAUCAGUUUCGCACGAGGCGCUGAUUUAGCCGCGCGUGCGCGUUCAUGGAAGACCGCCCCGUGUACAUGCACGCGUGCGCCUUAGAUCUGUGACCGGUCGGCGGAGACGGCAGCGCAUGCGUGGUCAGGAACCGUGUGUCAUUAUCAAGAAUGGGGCGCCGGUAGGCCAAACCCCCGCACUCAAGUCGACUACGAGAGACCGAGGCUAUGGACAGAGAAGCAGGCCCCGCCCCAGUGACAUAAGGGGCACGGAUUCCACUGCAUGGCUCGGAAGCCGAUGGCCUGAGGACACUGUCAAGACCGGGUGCGGGGCGCUGUCGCCACCACAGCCAUGCCCGCUCCCGACUCUCCCAGCCCGGCUCCACAGCCUCCGUCCUCGCCCGCCGCCCCUGCAACCUUCGGGCAGCAAUCAGCGCUCGUGAACGGCGGGGCCGUAGGAUUAGCCGCCUGCUCACAAGGCAGCAUGAGCAGCGCCCCCGACAUCCCUCCCAUCACCGUUGUCCUACGGUCGAACCCGGGCGCGGGUCCACAGCCCCGAAGCGGCCUUCAGUUCCCUGCCGCUUCUACUGCAAUUGUCGCUACCAACCCGCCGCCUCCUGUCGCCUCCGCCACCAUCCCGAAUAUGAGUGCCUCCUCUCUGCAACUGAGACCCCAACGGCUCGCCCAGACGUCGCUACCCCUCUUGCAAAAUAUCCAAGUGCCAACGGGUAUGGUCCUUGUUCGGAGUGAUAGUGGACAGCUGGUGCUGGUUCCACAGAAAGCCUUUGCUCAAGCACAGGCCAAAGCUCGAGUACAAGCACAGGGCAACACCACAGCUGCCGCAUCUAACAGUACACACACUGUUCGAAUUUCUAAUAUACAGACAAAUAAAACCCAGAUAGUUACUAAUCAAGUGAAGGCAUCGGGUGUUCAGCAGGUGAAUCCGUUGCAAACCCCAGUUCAGACAAAUACUGUUCCACAGCGCAUCACUCUUGUGCAGUCACAGCCUGUGAGUGGGACCGUUACAGCAAAAUCCAUAACAACUGUUGCUCUGAAGCCAUCAACACCGGUAAAUUCGUCAGCUGCUGUGCAAGUUGUACAAACCACCACUUCACCGGAAACUUUGGAAAAUGUGAAGAAAUGCAAGAACUUCCUUGCAACAUUAAUUAAACUGGCUUCCAGUGGAACCCAGUCAGUGCAGAUGUCCAACAAUGUGAAAACCUUGGUGCAAAAGCUACUGGAUGGGAAGUUAGAAGCAGAGGAAUUCACAAACCAGCUGUACCAAGAGCUCAAGUCUUCCCCACAGCCUUACCUUGUGCCUUUUCUCAAGCGAAGUUUACCUGCCUUACGCAAGCUGAUGCCAAACUCACAGGCCUUCAUUCAGCAGUGCCUACAGAAACCUGAAACUCCAGCAACGACGCUUGCAGUUGCAUCUGGAGUAUCCAAGCCUCCCCACCCAGAGCAGGCUACAAGAACAGUCAAGGCAGCUAGUACUGCACAGCAGGCUAAACCCCUGCAGGCCAGGGCCCAGAUGGUAGUCCAACAGUCUGGAACACCUGCCAAAAUACAAGAAAGCAUACUGCCAAGGACACAAGCAGUGACUUUGCAAAGACCUCUAAACCACAUCACUGUGCCUGUAUCGCAAAUACAGGUCAAAACAGUUCAAGGAGCUCCUGUGACUUCAGUGGUAAAAGUCCCAGCUGUACAAGGAACUGGGAAUUCAACUGUUCUUCUACAUGCCUCAACUGAUGAAAGAUUCAAACGGGAGGUCACAGGGACGACCUUCAGGGUUGAGAACAACAUCAGUGAUGUGGCCUCUAUGGCUGGGGUCAGCUUCAAUGAAGAGAAUACCCGCAUCCUUGCUACAAAUUCGGAGUUGGUGGGUGAUGUAAUCCGGUCUUGUAAUGAAGAAACAUUCCUGUCCUCUGUAUCCCUACAGAAAAAAACUUUAGAAAUAGGUAAGAAACAUGGUGUGACGGAGGUAAAUUCUGAUGUGUUGAGCACCAUAUCACGUGCGACACAAGAACACUUGCGGGAACUUGUGGAAAAGCUGACUGUGAUUGCACAGCAUCGAAUGAUGAUGUACAAGGACAAUGACCAAUACAGCUUAUUAAGCGACACCCGAUCACAGCUGAAGUUCUUUGAGCAGUUGGAUCGGCUGGAGAAGCAGCGGAAAGAUGAGGAUGAGAGAGAAACAAUGCUGCGAUUGGCAAAGAGUCGAGCCAAGCAUGAAGAUCCAGAACAACUUCGAUUGAAACAAAGAGCCAAAGAGAUGCAACAAUUGGAACUUGCACAGUUGGCACAGCGGGAAGCAAAUCUCGCAGCACUUGCAGCCAUCGGACCAAGGAAAAGGAAAACCCCAGAUUCACCAAGUCUCGGAACAGGAAAUGAGGGAUUAAACAGUGAUGGGAAUGCACUUGGUGUAACACGACCUCGACCCUUCCUGCGACAGAAAGUAACACGAAUCAAUCUCAGGGAUCUCCUCCUCUGCCUGGAGCAGGACCAAGCAGCUAGUCAUUCCCUGCUCCUGUACCGAGCCUAUCUCAAAUGAAGUAAGUGGUACAAACUGGAUCCAUGCACUGAACCCAAAGAAAAAUGGUUGCAUAAGCAGUACCAUAACUGAUGCAUUGCUUCAUCAAGCAAGACUCUCAACACUAUCAUCCUUGUUUACUGUUAUGACUUUAAAAAAAAUCAAUAUUGACGGGUACAGUUUUUGUUUUGUUGCAAUUCUUGAGAAGGUAAGAGCUCGAUUCAGUUGAGCUUGCAGUAUAUCUUGUGAAACUGAGUUCCCUCCAGUUCAAAGAUGUGGAAAACCACGAUGCUUCAUGGUUUGUAUAUAUUUUUUAAAAUCUGAUCCAUCUCUAAGUUAGCAACCCCUUCUGAUACUGUGAAAUGUAAAUGGCAUGAAUGUUUUUUUUCAUUAAAUGCAUCUGUGGUGUACAUUCCUGAUUCUUCAGGUUAAACUUGCAUCUCCUUCAGUGUUUGUGCUUAAACAAUUUGUUUCUUUGUGCUAAAGUUGCCGCACUUGUUUGUCAGAAAAUUCAGCCACUGUGGCAAAUAUGUUUUGUUGAAUUCAGUUGUUGAUUUUCUAUGAAUCAUUUAAUAAUUCAAGUUACCUGUCACUUUUCUUCCUCUAUCAACAGCAAACAUGGCAUCACUUAUCUGCAGCUGUUGCUGUUUUGUUCACUUAUUUUUCAGGGUCUCAGUCACAAUUUCACCUCCUGAGAAGUGGAAUUUAAGCUUUCUGGAGAGCUAUGAAUUUUUUAGGAAUUACAGUCUUUUAUCCACCAAGUUCCUCCAGAAUGAGCUAAGUUGGCAGUGACCUUGUUGUCACUGCUGGACAUCAUUAGAUUAAACAAACAUCUUGACCUGAGCAACUUGUCACUCAUGCCGAAUUCUUCCCUCCGCUACAACCCCCAUUCCACCCCCCCACCCCCCGCUUUCAAAAAUAAUCACAUCUUUAACUCUGAAUUAAAUCAGCAAUAAUGAUGCAAGGGUUAACACCAACACCAGGUCUGCUCAGAUAUAGAAUUAAAACCCUGCUCAAUCCUAGACCAAGAAUUUGUCUGUUUUAUUCUCAACCCACUAAUCACUGUAGAUACCUCAAACAUACAAUUGGAGACCCCUCUCAGGCUCUUGGCCUUUCAUCGUCUGCGGUAAUAAUGAAGCUAGCUGGAAAUAAUUUUGAGAGAACUUAGGACACACUGAUUUGCCAAAAAUCUUUGAUAAUAUAUUUACUUAUUGUACACUGAGCCAGCCAACCUAAACGGAACCCAAGAAUGUAAACCCAUGCUGAUACAGUAGCAUGCGGAUGGGUCUCAUUGGGUUCGAGUCAGGUGCUGGACUCUGCCAAUGAAGGUAUAAGCGUGUGUGAAGUUGUUGGAUCAGAAUGCAUUACUGUUUCUGGAUUUGUGUAGAGAAUUUUCUGUGUUUUAUGUUUAUCUUUUUCUCAUAUUGUCAGUUCCUAGAGGAGCAAGUCAGAAAUGGGAUCAGCAGUAUAGACAUGUGUUUGUUGCCACAUCUGUGCGCAAAUGGGAUCCAACACAGAUUGAAACUGCAUUACUUAUGGAGUCAUUCAGAGGGUAUAGGUGUGAGGUUGACGUUUGUCUAUUGGUUGAGUAUUUUCAAACUGCUUGACUGGGCACUGUGGGGGUUAUUGCUGGUGGAACUUUGUAUAAGAAGCAUCAGUGCAGAUCGGAAUGCUUUUGGAUAUCUCUUGUGAGUGAGUGGUGCAGUGUUGGGGUGAGAUUUUGUGGACAAGGCCAAGUAUAGCUUUAACAUAAUUCUGAGAAAGAAAUUAAGUGGAGGUUUACUCUACUCUCAAACAGGAAAUUCUGGGAUGUCAGGCAGUCAUACCAAAUAUGGAAGGAUUUGUAUUUCCCUGAGCAGGUGGUGAAGCCUUCUGUCUUUGGAAAUGCUAAAGGCUUUAAUUACUCGCAGAAACUGAUUGCCUUCAUUGCCCAGUAUUUAGUGAGGCUAUACUGUGCUUGAUUCCAACACCAUUCUUUAAAACUGAGGUGGGACAAAAUGAAUAAGACUUUCCAAACAUUUGAAAAUGGGAUUUACCAAAAUCUGUGCCCCAAGUUGGGUGGGUGAACAAAAAAAGAAUUACUACAUUGGAGAUACAGAAGCAUGGGAUACUCCUGCUUAUAACCAUUGGAAGACUGCACCACUCCUGACCUAACAGUGUGUACUGAUUAUUUUUCUUUGAAUGGUUAGUUUUUCCAUUUGCUAUUUGGGAGAACUCAAAUUACCAGUGUUACUGAUAGCACACUGCGUAUCUCCUAAUGGAUGGAGGAAGUAUUGUUUACAAGUCUGUAUCAGACUGGUCCACCACAGAAUAAAGUGGCAGAAGGGGAAGCCUUUGUUAGGUGUGACCUUCCCCUGUCACUCCCUUCCUCCCUCUCACUUCAACUCCAUUCACAGAAAUGUUUGUGGAAUGUGCUUAAUUGGGGAUUUAAAGGUUACCCUAAGUGUCAUCCAUCUUGACAUGUUCUUUUUCCACUUUCUUUCUUUCGCCACCUAAAUUCCCUUCAAAUGAACUUGACAAAAGAAAUAGUUGCAGCAAUCGCAUUGAAGUCUGCUGGUAACCUGACAUUUGAAAUAUUUUCUGCUUGCUUUGGCAGAGUUCUGAGGUUUUCUGUCAAGCUAGUGGAUGUUAUAUACAUAUUUAAAAACCUCCUGGGGGGUAUUCAGCAAUAAAAGUAUAAUUUUGAUGCCAUUUUCACUAAUAUAUAAAGUAAAUUGAUUUUUGUUGCCUAUAACGAGGAUGGGUAGCCUUAUGUGAAGUGGUUAAUUUAAACACUUGGGGUUAAAAAAGAGAUGCAUCACAGUGUGUGGUAGGCAAUAUAAUAUUAUCUGUGUUUUAUACAACACACAAUUCCUUGAAUCUGACAAAGCCUAGUAUUGGACCCAGGUAUAAAUAAUAACAUAAAAUGCAAGACAUAGAAAUAUUUAAAUAUAUAUUAAAAGAAAAAUUUGGACCCAUGUGCAUUGUGAUAUCAGGUUCUCAUUUGUAUAUAAGCUGAUGCACAUGCUACAAAAACAUUAUUUUUAUUAAAUAACCUGUAUAUAAGAUGCAUUUUUUGGAGCUAUGUUAGAGCUUUGUACCCAUUUCGAAUGACAUUUUGAUUCUGAUGUGCCUAUAUUUAAAGUGUCCUCUGUUGAGUAUUUGGAAGAAUGUUGAGGAUAUAUAUAUUUGAUUUUGCAUAUCAAAGUUAAAAAUUAAAAAUGAA